AAUGUUUGAAAACAAAGAAAAGACUAGAACGCGGGAGAUAUGGGUUUAUGCAAUGUUUUGGUCAAGUUAAAAUAAUAAUAACUGAAUUGUGUGUCGAGAAUGGAUUCAAGAACGAAGUCCAUUCAAGGUAUUCUGGGACUAAUGCAGAAAAAUUUGGAGUGUUCCAUUUGUUUAGAUUUGUUGACAAACCCAGUGUCCACUAAAUGUGAUCAUCCAUUCUGCAGGUUCUGUAUCACAGAAUUCCUGAAGACUAAGACAUCUGUUCCCUGUCCUCUUUGUAAAUGUCCAAUCACAAAACGAAGCCUCAAUGACAGACCACAGUUGUCUCACAUUGUGGAGAAUGUUCGCUUGUUACUGGGGGCCUUCUCAAAAGACACUGGAUACCAAUAUUCUCCUCCGAGGGAGACCUCCUCUGCUGAUUUUCUGUCCUGCACUCCUGAACAACUACCCCAUAAGGAGGUCAAAGGAACAAAGAGAAAACUACCUGUCUCUGACAAAAAGAAGUUGGGGAGAAGCAAUGUUCGCCAAAGCAAGAGACGAAGAUCAGACGUAGCACUAGAGGUUACUGAGGCAGGGGAUUCUGACAGACAGACAGACAAAGUCUGGGCAGAUCUACCCUCCGACAUUUCCACAGCCACAGAGAACAGGCCAGUCAUAUGUAAACUAAACCAAGAGGACUCAGUCACCAAUCAGAUUCUGUCUUGCCUUAGGUCAGGUUCUGAUGGAGUUCUAGUUUCCGCUAAUGGCGAUACUUCACAGACCAACUUAAGUGUACCAGUGUCUCGAACACGUGGAAAAUUAAGAGAAACCAAAGACAGAAAUCUGUUUGAUAGCUUCCCAGAAACUGUGCAGUCUGAAAGACAUCUCCGUCCCAAAGAUAAAAAAAAUUACAAUGAAGAUGAUCCAACACUGGAAACCUUUGAUGAAGAUCAGACUGAAAGUCAAGGUCAUUCUGAAGCUAAUUCACUGCCAGAAAGUACGCCUCGUGUUGCUAUGGUUACACGGACAUAUGACAAACAGUUUGUGAAUUCUAGAGAUACGCGGGGUACAUUCAAGGUCAAGGAGUGGCUAACCAGUAACCUUGGGAGAUGGAAAGGUCAAGGCCAUAAUCAAGGUACCAGUGACAUGGUGGACACAAACAGCGUUGUAGAAAAUGAUACUGAAGAGGUUCAGAGAGAUGACCUUCAGCUGGAUGGCCUUGAGAAUGAUUCCAGCAAACCAGAAGAAGCACAUUCUCUUGAUGAAGGGCCUGUGGAAACAAAUAGCCAUCAUUUACAUAAUGAAACAGCUAAGCCACCUUACUAUCUGUCAAAGGAAAUCCUCCAGAAAGAUAAAUUACGGACUGCCAGCACUGAGAACAGAAAUCAGGGCUCACGUAAGAUCUUCAAAUCAACCAGAAACAAUCAACAAAUGGAAACUUCAGUAAAACAAAAGAAGGGAAAGUUUCUCUUUAAAAAAAUCAAACCCAGGGCCGUAUCAGGGAUUUCCUCUGACCAGGUGAAGGCAGUGGAAUCGCUUGAAUGUGUGAAGUCUUCUGUGGAUGCAAGCAAAGCCAACCUUAAGCUCAGGGAGCUAAACUUGAAUACGUUUGGAAAUGAGUCUGAUCCGUAUGAAUUCAAGUCCAGCCAAGUUACUCCAGUGAAACCUAAAGUUCUGAAGAGACAGAAAAAAAUGGACAAGCGAAAGAAAGGUCAGGUAAAUGUUGUAAUACAAAACAUGUUAAACAGGAAGAGUGAGAAAUCUAUUCUGAAGAAAAUGACAAUGAAUGGCAUGGAAGUUAACAAUGAGGCAAAGGGUGGUAAAGAGGACACAUCAAGUGAUAGGGGAAAGAAGAAGAAACUGUCCCCAAAAGUUAUACAAAAGCAGAUGGAAGAGGAAGUAGCUCUGAGGGAAAUGCAAGAUAAAAUUAGUCAGGCUGAGGAAUAUGACCUUGUGACCUCUACACAGGAAGUGCUGGAUCACUUGACAGAGGAAGAAAAAGGAACUGAGGAGGUUGCUGUAAAAAACAAAAAGUAUGUGUCAUUUAAUCAGGAUGUCGUCUUCUUUAGUAGCCAAGAUCAGGGAAGGGUUAAGUGCUUGAAGGAGACAAGUGAAUCUCCAGAGAGUACCAAAGACUGUUGGAAUGGGAAGGAGAGAGAAGUGUCUGCUGAAAAGGAAACAGGAGGGGGUCGAGGAAUUGAAAAUGUGUUUACUGGAAAAAUUGGUUUGACGUCUGAUCAAGAAUCAGAAAACUUGAAGGAUUGUGUGAUGGUAGAAGAAUCAGAAAACUUGGAGGGAGCGAGUCAUGAAGGGGAUAUGUCUCCAAAGAGAAAGAAAGAUGAUGAUGUAGGAGUUAUUUCCCCUGAAGAAGAUGAUGUAGGAGUUAUUUCCCCUGAAUAUGAUGUAGGAGUUAUUUCCCCUGAAGAUGAUGAUGGGAAUUCAUCAUCGACAACUGAUCUUGACAUACAGCCAGAUGAGUCAGAAUUUGCAGUUCCUGAUUUAGAUAUUCAACCGAAAGAAAUACUGGAGAAACUAAAUUCACAAGACUUCAAUCCUUACAAUGUUGCAAAUGAAAAGAACAGCAUGGAUCACCAUGGAUCUGUAGAAGGAGUGGAUGUGGUUCCUGACAGCGAAGAUCGUAUACAAGACAGGAAGGCUCCUAUAAAGCUAAAUCUAAAGUCUAGCAGACAGAAAACUAGAAGAAUGAAAGAAUCCUUGGAAAGCAAAAUGGAAGAUGGAGGGAAUUAUGAGGUUGUGAACUGUGAGAACAGAAAAAAGAAAGAUAGGAAUGAGGAGUCAGAAGAUCAAAUGAUGCAUGCAGCAGAUGCAGUGAAAGAACCAGACAGGGAUGGAAGCAUUCAAACAAAUGAUUAUCCCAAGAGACGGGUCCCCUUAGGUGAUGUGAUCCCUGAGACACCAUUAAUAACAACAGAUAGGGAACUGACUGCGGAGGUCAGUAGCUGUUCUUCCCAGGAGAGAACCCUUACCAGAAAAAAUAGAUUGAAGAGAAGUCCAAAACUGCCGAAAGAGAGCCGUGUUGAGAUCGCGUGUGAAGAGACACCGGUGAACAAUGUCUUCUCAGAGGAGACUUCUCCAGCCAGAGUGAAGGAAGUAAGUGAAACUGUUGUUUCAUCUUCUCCAGGAAGGAAGACAUCUCAAGGAUGUGAGGACGGAUGUUCUGGGAGUGUGUCCACUCAGUUAUCCAGUGAAACACAAGAUAGUCAAUCUUCUUUGGGCAGAAGGUUGAGAAAGUAUCACAAGAGGCCUUCUUACAGGAAGGAUGCUUCAUAUGUUGUUCCAAGAACCCCGAUGUUGGAAGAAGCAAAAACAAUUGAUGGGAGCAGCACUGAUUGUUUUGCUGGAUCAUUAAAACAGAAUUUAGAUGGUGGUGCUAGUUCUCAACUUUCAUUGUCCAGUUUAUGCAGUACCCAAGAAAGUGUCUCAAUGUUGCUACCAGUUCAUAGAACAGUGGACAUUACUGAAGAGAAACAAUCAAGUAUUUCCCAAAAUCUUAAUAUGAAUUCUGAGUGUUUAUUAUAUAAUCACAGUGAAAAAAAGAAGUUUAAUGAAAGUAAUGGGCAAAAGAAGUCCUGUGAAGAAAUCAUUGAAGUCCUAUCACAGGGUGCUAAUGAGGACUUGGUGGUGAAAGAAUCACAGGUGGAGAGUACAAAGUCAUUAACAACCUUUCGUGUAUCAAACAGGUUAAGCCGGCCCAAGAGGAAAUGUUUCUCCCUGGUAAGUCCCGAGAAAGGACUCCAGAAAGAACUUCAUGGAAGGAAUGUUGUGAGUGCGAAGGGUGAUGAAGAGUUGACAGAACAAAACACCAACCCAGAAUUAAAGGCAGAACAGUCCAAAGAGGUUCCAGAAGUAUCAGAUGUAGAGACAGAGAGAAGGCAAGCAGUUCCUGAGAGCAGUCAUUCUGGUAUACAACUAUCAGGGGACAUUAAAAGUACUCCAUCGGAAGCAUUGAUUCCUACCCAGUUAUCGCUGAACAGCAUCAAGAAAAAAGAGGUGAAAUGGAGAAAACAGCAGAGUUCCCCAGAGGAUGUGUUCUUGAUGGACUCAGAAACACCAGGCAGUGGGUCAUGUUACGAAGAUCUGGUUCAGAAUCAGGAAGGUCUGCUGGACCUGGAGCUUGGUGACAUGGAGGAUGUGUGUGGUCAGGAUGUCGAUGACAGUCAGGUAAACAGCUCAUGCAGCAAGAAAGAAAGUGGAAUGGUGGGAGAUGCAAGAGAUAGAGUGAAUGACUUACAGGGUAUUUCCGACAAAACAAACAGGUCAUGUACCAGAAACCAGAAAAUGGAAGACAGCAGAGAUGAGGAAUCCGUUCAAGACAAUUAUCAUAACAGGGAGACUAAAAAGAGAAGCGAUGAAAGUCAAACAAUACUGACUAUUCCUGAUUCAAAGAAAGAUGGAGAGGAGCUUCUAGUAGAUCAAGGUAAAUUAAAUAUAGAUAAUGCUAGAGAUCUUCCAGCUGAAAAAGUACAUGUAGAAGUGAUGGAGGAGAGGGAUUCAUGGAGUGAAUCUGGCUCGCAUGAGAAGUCUGAGAGUUUAAGUGGAAGUGAAGUCAUCACAACAGGCAGGAGAGCAGUGAGAGGAUUGGCCCGGAAAUUGAAGCAGAAGAAUUUAAAUGAUAAUCACUUAAACAGAGAUGACAGUAUUGGAAAGCCUUCAACUGCAUCACAGAAAAACAAGUCCAACGUUUUGUUGACUGUGUCGGAGAAGACUGGACGGAACAAAGCACGGCGAGACAGCCAUGCCAAGGACAAUACAACAGAAGAAUCUAAAGAUCUGCAAGAGAAUGGAGCGGUGUGUAAAACUGUGGUUCCGGAGACGGUAGACAUCGGUGUGGAGGAACUUGAAUUUAAUGAUGAUGUGACAGCAGUUCCAGAGACCAUGGAAGAUGAUGUGGCAGGCGAAGAGGAACAUUGGAAUGUAGACAAAGAAGUUAGCAUGGCAGGUGAAGAAGACCAGGAUUUAGAGGAGGAAGAUGGUGUGGCAGGUGUAGAAAACCAAGAUGUAGAGGAAGAAAAUAGUGUGGCAGUCAGAGAAGAAGACCAGGGUGUAGAAGAGAAAGUGGACAUCAAAGAUAAAAUAUUUGAUGAAAAUACAUUGGAUGAAGAUCUCACAUGCAUUCAGGAAAGUGUGGAUAAGAGGGAUACCCAGAAGGGAACUCACAAGCAGGAAUCAUCAUUCUUAGUGAAAGAAAGUGAACUGCUGAUAGAUGAUACCCAAGAAUUUCAGGGUAUGAAUCUAGAUAAUCUUGUAUCUAGACCAAAGCAGGAGACGAGACAGGAUGGUGUCAAUGGAGAGAUAGCUGUCGGUGACUUAGAGACUCAGAUGGAAGAUGGGGGUUACAUGGCAACAGCAGCAGAUGAUGAACCUCUAUUUAACUCCCCUGAGAGUUCACCUCUACCCCACAUCCUUGAAGAGGAGUGUGAGAUACCACAGGAAAACCCAUCAGCUUAUAAGAAUGCUGGGAAAUCGAAGGUGAGAGAGAAUUUUGGGAAAUUAGAGGUGAGAGAGAAUGUUAAUGGCAGUGAUUCCAGUGGCUUUGAACUUCUUCCUGAGGACACCCUACCCGACCCUGGUCAUCAGAACACCAGGGAUGGUGCUGGAAAUAAUGCAGACUUUGUAGAGAUUUGGGAAGGGAAAAACCAUAGGAAACAGAACUGUGCAUCUGAAAAGAGGUGUAGGAAAGGGAAGGGGUGUGAUGAUUUAUACAAUGAUAAGAAAAGGUGGGAAAACUUUAUAGAUCUUAGUGAUGAUGAUGAUGAGGAGGAGAUAACAGCUGAUAACAAGUUAAUUGGUACAAGAAGGAAUCCGAUAAAGAAGGGAGAAGUACAUGAUGAUGAUGAGGAGGAGGUUAUCAGGAGGAAGAAGACAAAGAGGGCUCUGAUAAUAUCAGAUGAUGAGGAAGAUGAAACUGAAAUCAAGACAUUAGAUACCUCCAGGGUCUCAAACGAAGAGGAUUCAGAUAUGUCCCAGGAGAGCCUCGCAAGUCGACAAAUGAACCUCACCUCAUCAUCAGCAUUCACAAGUCAGAGUGAAGGAUUUAACACACAGAAUGAGGUUUUGCUGAGACAGGAGUUGGAGAGAAUGAAGAAAGAAAUGGCUGAAAUUGAAUCUCGGAUUCAGAAAGGACACAGCACCCUGAUAGAGAAGAAUCCUUGUAGUCCUGAUCUGUCACCAGAAGUUACCGAGGAGCCGUACUCACAGUACUUAAAAGAACUACAAGACGAAGAAUCUGACGAUGAUUUUCCUCACCAAUCUCCGAAUUCAGUGUGCAAGGUGGCCGACAAAGUGGAGACGUACCAUUCAGAGGACAGUAGUGAUUUGUUCCUUAGUCCUCCGCCCCCCUCCCCUCCCCCCAGUGAUGGUCUAGCAACAACGGGGAUAGAAGUGGAAUUUCCAGAACAUUUUCAGGAAACCAAAGAUUUAUUACAACAGUUUGGAAGUGGAAAGAAAAUCUUACCAGGAAAUGAAGGACUAGGAAUAGAGACUGGAAGACGGGCUGGGAGUGAAAAUGUCGUAGAUGAUGGCGAGGACUGUUUAUUGGAGAUGGAAGAUGAAAAAUGGCCGACUGAGUUCAUGGAUCCUUGUCGAAUUGCUGAAUCACCGUGUAAUGCUGAUAAUAACAAAAGAAAACAAUCGGGAACCUCACAGAGGGAACACAUGGUAGUACAAGAAUCUCCACAAAGUCAAAAAUCCGGUAAACGUUCUCUGGAGAGACUGAAGGAUCUGUAUCAUUCUACACCAGUAGCAAACAGACAUCAAGGCGGAAGAAAAAAUACUCUGUCAUUUCUGUCCCCUGUCGUGACACCCAAGGAACUAUCGGAAUCGCCCCAAAUAGGGACAAAGGCAUCGUCCAGUGGAAAUGUUCGUAGUCCAUUCUUGCAUAAUUCACUAGGAACGUCCAAUCAGAGUAAAGUCUUCAUAGCCUCCGGUCUUCCUCUCAGUCAGUUGAAUGAGCUUCGUAGACUGAUCCAGAGUCAUGACAAUAAAUUUCACUCCAAGUUUACUCCAAACACCACCCACCUCAUUGUGAAAACAGUGCCCCCUGGGUGCAGGAUGUGUGAGAGGACCCUCAAGUUUUUCCAGGCCUUGGCCUGUAAGUGCUGGAUCUUGGACUACCUCUGGGUGACAGACAGCUUGGCUGCUGGGAGACUCUUAGAGGAGGGGCCCUAUGAAAUCACUGCAGAUACUGUGACGAACGUACAUCACUACGGACCCAGAAAAUCCAGAACUCGUUCUCCUACAGAUCCAGGCAUUUUAGAGAGAAUUCAGUUCCACAUCAUUGGAUCCAGUCAGAGUCUUAAUCCAGAUGACAUAAGAGAUCUGGUAGAGACUAGUGGAGGAUUGGUGGUGCUUGACCCAGAGGAAUUCAAACACAGUCAAAUCUGUCUGAUCAUCACGUGUGCUGACUUAGAAGAUAGUCAGGAAACUCUCCCCUCCCAGGAAAUUAUCCUAUAUAACAGACUGUAUAGAAGGUACAAAGCAGUUACAGUGUCCAGGGAAUGGCUGCUGGAUUCUCUGACUGUGCAGGAGUUACAGCCCCUGAAUGAUUACGUACUGACCUCGGUAAAGGGAAUGGUCAUACCAGCCCUGUGAUGAGUACAUAGAGAGACUGGUUUACUGUACAGAGAUGUAUGUGGUACCACUGACAAAAUUACCGCUGACAGAAAAUAGUUCCAGCAGAGGAGAUUCUGUUUGGCCAGGGUGAAAAGAAUGGAUAUGUAAUUCUAUUUACAGGCCUGCAGGUAUUAAGUUGUACAAGGUGCUUGAAACCUUCCUGUGGGUGUUGUAUUGUCCACACAAUCAUAUCAAUUAGUUCAAUACGCCAUGCAUUUUAAAGAAAUUUCUUGUGUGUGAUACUGCAUUUGUUUAGAUUAGUGUGUGAAAUAAGUAUUUAGGUGUUGCUGAUUUCAGAGUAUGUUGUACUUUGUUUAUUAUAUGUAUUUAUAAAUUACAAUUUGUUGUCAACAUUAAUUUUAUAUCUUUGUUGCAGAAUGUAAUCAGGCUGUGUAUAGUCUUUGUUAAAGACAAAUAAAUGUAAUUAUUACAUAC